AUGGUGUUGCUAACAAGUCUCUCCGGACCGGCCACUGUCUCGUGUCUUUCUUUAUCAAGUAAACUUUUUGCUUGUGGCUUCGAAAAUGGCAGCAUUCAUCUCACCUCUCCGAAUAAUUAUGCUUCCCCCACCAUUCUAUCUCCAUCCUCGAGACCCUGCACAGCUAUUGCUUUAGCGGGAGACGACUCCGACAUACUUUACUCUUCCCAUAACGGAAAUAUAGCCUUUUGGGAUAUUCGUAAACACCAGACUCCAUUGAAUGUUUGUAAGGUCAGCAAUGACGAUAUAAAUUGCAUUGACGUGAACGCAGGAGAUGGGUGUCUUGCCACGGCGGAUGACGUUGGAAUGGUUUCUUUGAUUUCCUCUUUAACCGGGGAGGUCAUGUGUGUCUUAAAUAAUCAUGACAAUAUCUGUUCGGCCGCAAAAUUUCGUCCUACACGGCAAAAUCAACUCAUUUCGUGCGGCAUGGACUGUCGUCUUGUUGUUUGUGAUUGGAAGUCUGGGGAUCGCGAGCGUAUAGUCAUAGAAAUGACCAAGCUCGUUGAUCCUUGUAAUUAUUUCAGGUUGUUGCGCAGUUGUGUAAACGAAGGGAAAACUUACCAUAGGAGAAGAGGGAGAAACGGUGAGGAUGUUUUUUCAGUUCGUAUCGCUUCGUCAUUUACGCCCGAGGAAGUAGAGCAGAUGGUGAAAACUCGUGCCUACAGCCAGAGCCUCCUUCUCAAUCCACCAAUGAUUCACAGCCUCGGAUGUGAUGAUUCGGGCAAAUAUGUUGCCGUCGGUCUUGGUAAUGGUGCUGUUGAAAUAUUUAAGGAUGACAAGAAUUUCCGACAUGUUGAAUCCCUCCUUGGUCACAGGCGAUCGGUCUCUGCUUUACUGCCUGUUGGAAGUUCCCAUCUGCUAAGUGGUGGUGACGACUGUUGUCUCUUUCUUUGGGAGAUGUCCCGUAAUGGCACUGGCCAGCGAUUUGUUCAUUCGGAAAAAAUUGGUGCUCUUGCUGGUCGUGAACUUGGUCGGGUUUUUGUGGCGGACAAUACAUCUGAUGUUAAGGUGAUGGACCUUGUGCGUGCGUAA